GGAUAUCUGAAGUAACCACGUGAAAUAAAAUAAGUAAGUAAUUUCAUUUCAUACAUUAAAAUGAUGCUAACUUUCUUUUCAUACUAAAAUGUUUCUUAUUUUCUCAGGUUUAGAUCGAGAGAAGGGGAUGGGCAGUGAAUUACCACAGCGUUAUUUUAUUUAUAGCAUUUGGCUUGGAGUGAUGGGAGUUGAUGCCUCAUCAUGGACUGCUAAGGUGCCCAGCUCAGUGUCUGGCUUGCAGGGCUCAUGCAUUAUAAUUCCCUGCUCAUUUAACUACCCAGAACCAAAGCCAAAGCCCUCCAGAUUUACUGGCGUCUGGCUCAAAGACAGCCAUGAGGUUGUGUACCACCCAGAUAGCUCCAGAAUCUUCAAAGGUUACAGGGGUCGUACAACGCUUGUGGGAGACCUCUGGCAGAAGAACUGCUCCCUCAGAAUUACCCCCCUGCAUCUCAGUGACAAAGGACCCUUUUUUUUCCGGAUUGAAAUGGAAGACCUUAACAAGUAUUCCUACAUACAUGCCAAAGUCUCCAUUGCAGUAAGCAGCUCUCCAGAUUCCCCCUCUCUGUCAGUGAAGGAAGAGGUUAAAGUUGGGGGGGUGGUAUCUGCCUCCUGCUCUGUAUUUUACACCUGCCCAUCUGAACCCCCUCUCCUUACCUGGAGCCACACCAGAACACCAAGCAUCCAAUCACAGCAAUUGGUUAAUGGCCAGUGGGAGUUGACAUCAUCCCUGACCUUUACCUCCACUAUGAAAGAUAACAAGGCUCUGGUUUGUACCGCAGAGUAUAGAGGAGGGAAGAAAGUGAACAGCUCCAAGACACUCAACAUCAAAUAUGCCCCCGUGGAUGUGAAGGUAGAGGUUGCUUCCAAUGUGAAGGAGGGAACAUCUGUAGAGCUGAAAUGCUCCAGUAAUAGUAACCCUGCUCCCCACAGCUUCCGCUGGCACAACAGUAAAGGGCCUCUUCCUUCCAGGAGGUCCACCAUCAAACUUGAGAGAGUGACCAGACUAACUGAAGCCCUAUACUGCACUGCCAUCAACACAGAGGGGCAAGGUCAGUCCAGUUCACUAAAGGUUCAUGUAGAGUACCGACCUGAGAUCAGAGUAGGCUCUGCCUGCACAGCAGACUUCUCCAUAAUAACCUGCCUGUGUAUUGUGGAUUGGGAGCCCCCUGGCAUGGUGCAAUGGUCUCUUCCAGGCAGACCCCUACCCAGUACAAAGGUGGAGAGGCAUGGAUCACUUACCAUUGUGACCCUACAGAGGACAUUCGAUUUCUUUGAUACGGUCCAAUGCAAUGCCAGCAACACAUACGGAAAUGCCACCUUGUCAUGUUCCAUGCCAACAAAUUAUAAGAUGCUGAUGCAGUAUGUUUCAACUGCAGUCGGAGUAUUUGUGGUGGUAUUAAUACUAAUACCCAUGACCUCUUGCCUAUUGCUAAAGAAGUGUGGGCGAAGACGUAAUGACCAGACAAUCACCAUUUUGAAGGACACUGAUGUAGUCAUGGGGGCUUCCUCUGAUCCCGCACCAUUAAGGAAUGAGCCAAAACACAUCACCAGUGAAAUAACAAACUACUACACCAAUGAUCACCUAUAUGGCAACAUGGAGGUUGAAGAUGACAGCCUAUACAUGUGUGUUGGUGGAGACCAUGCAAUCUACGAAAACAUAUGAGCACAACAGAAAGCAUGGCAACUAAGAGGAAAUUGUACUCAGUCUGUCAAAAGUUUUAGCAAAAUAUAAAAAUGUUAACCCAAAGUAGCUGUAUGUACUGUAUGCAAUUACAUGGUGGCCUGACUGUUGUGACUCGUUUUGAACACAUUAAGGGAGCGCUUUGACACUGGUCUUGGACAGUGGUUAGUGCAAUGUUUACGUUGGAAAUCACAAGUUAGCUCAGUUUUCUCAACAAUUUUUUUCCCUUAGCGGGUUGAGACAUCUUGUUAUUUGUAUUUGAAAAUUCAACACUUGUACUCUCACGGGUAGCACUCAGAGGCUGUGUGUUUUUCCAUGUGGGUGUUUGAAUGAGAAAUACAGACAGAAUUAAUUAGUAACAAAGCAACAGCAAACAUAUCACAAAUUAAGAUGUGCACCCACUUGUGACAAUUAAUGACAACAAUUCUAACAAGACGCUGUGAUUAACAAAAUAUU